AUGAUACCGUUAGCACUUGGAUUUAUUCUUGCAAUCGUUGGGUACUUUUAUAUUACGAUUAAAUGGCCAUCACCUCAUGACUCAAGGACUAAUAAAACACAUCGAUUCCAUUUCACCUGUCGUAGCCGAUGGGAAAGAGAAACUGAGCUAUUCCGAAAGGGACAUCUGAAAGGAGACCUUAGAUCCGAGGCGAUUUCAGAACCCUUAUCACAGUUGAUAAGUUUGAUUAUCAAUGAGUUUGUCAACUCUUGGUUUUCCACAAUCAGCUCAUCUACCUUGUUUGCCGACGAUAUUGAGUCUGAGGUCUCAUAUGUUAUCCAGGGCCUCACCAGGAAGCUUCAGAAACUAGACUUUGCAAAACUCAUUACUUUGAAAUUCCUACCCUUGUUCAACAACCACUAUGUAGCUUUUAUAGAGGCUCAGAAACGGCGACAGAAUAAUGAUCUGGGAAAUUCAAGCGAGGAUGAUUAUAUGGAGCUACUCUCAACUUUCAAUGAUGGAAACUUGCAUGUGGGAGUAACAGUCGAGCAAAUGGAAACAAGGGAAGCAAAUUUUCGAGAGAAAUCGUACUUGAGAGGUCAAAUGAGAAAACUCAUAUCCAAGGUACUUUCAGAUGGCGAAAAAUCGAAUGAGGUUGUGGCAAUGUUGGUCACCGAGAUUUUAGCCUGUACAAUAUUGGACAAUAUUUUCAAUUUAAUAACUGAUGCCGAUUUUAUAAAUAUGCAAUUUGUCAAGUUUAUCGGUGACAGUUUGAUGCGCAGAAACCAGGUGAAGGAGUUGCGAUCUGCUUUGGAAGAGCAUACAAUGUCGUCGAUUGCUUCGAAGACAAGUGUCCCUGACCGUACCAUGAACGAGGUAGAGCAGGAUUUGAAAGACAUUUUCGUACAAGACGAGUUCAAAGAAGACACGGUAGUUCACCGUAACAAGGAGUCUAUACAGUCUGCUCAAUUGGAAAAGCUUGUUGGUGUGCUCAAAUCACCUGGUGAACUGGCUACCUUCACGCGGUAUUUAAGUAGCAAAAACAAGUCGCAUUUGUUAGAAUUUUGGACAAAGGUGGAGCAGUCAAAGUCUCCGUUGCUGGAAAAUUCUCAAACCCCAGAGGCUUUAAAUCUCACGGCGCAAGAGUGCAUAUACAUGAAAGAAAAAUACUUUGAUUCCGGUCUCAUUCAUAUUGAUGAUGCGGUUUUGGGGAAAUUCAAACAAUUGAAUUCAAGCGAGUUCAUGGCUGACUCUCGGUGCCCUCUGGAUUGCAAGGAUGCUCUUUUGCAUUUGCAAAAGGAGGUAUUCGUGGAAUUACUGACUGAAUUUUAUUCAAGUUUCUCCAAGUCAGUGGAUGCUAACCAUGAAAGUUGGAGGAUUACGGCUGAAGACGACAAAGAUGUUAUUAACCAGAUUGACUACAAACUUGCUGCAAUAAUGAGUGACCAAAAGUCUCUUGCGUCGGAAAAUAUUUCUGCAGAGGUGGGUAGCCCGCACUCAAUGUCCGAUCUCAAAGACCGUGCAGUAUUUAAUAGAAAUGAUCGGUAUUCGAGACUAUUUGAGGAUGAUGAGGUAUCUUCAGACGAUGACGAAGACUCGGAUGGCUUAGACACUGACACCGAUUCAGUGAUUUUGAAGGAAGGUAGUGAGAGUAUGGAAUUAGCAGGACCUGGUAAUUUGAAUUUGACUGAGAAAAUACCUCAAAUUGAAAAUGAAAUUGACAAUCUUCAACGGCAGCUCCUCUACCUUGAACCACUAAUAAGUAAAGCCCAAUUGACGAACAAUCAAUCGAAACUAAAAGUGUUGCUUAAAUCGAGAAAUGGUGUACAAAGAGACAUUGCUUUUAAGGAGUUACAGAAACAGCAGUAUAUUGUUCAAGAGAGCGACAAUAGUUUGUUUGGCAAAUCCAAAGUUACAAUACUGUCGAUUGUUCACCACAGUGAAAAGACCAAGGAGUUUGUGUUGUACAUUAUUGAGGUUCAGAAAUUUUCAACUGAAGAGCCCAACGUCGUCAAGGCUGGCUGGGUUGUUGCAAGAAGAUACAGUCAAUUCCACAGAUUGCAUGGGUAUUUAAAACGUCGUUAUCCUCAAGUUUCAGCGCUAAGUUUCCCACAAAAAUCGAUUCAAGUUUUGAAAUUUCAGCAAAAGAAUAUCACUGAGAAUAGGAGACGUCAACUUGAAGUUUACUUGAGAUCGCUCAUUGAAAUACCUGAAGUUUGCUCAGAUAUGGCAUUUAGGUCCUUUUUAUCUUCAGAGAAUUUUCAAUUGGGAAGGUAUCAGCGAUUUGACGGACCCAGAAAAUUAUCAGCGUUAUUUGGGUACAAGUGGUAUUUGGGUUCUUCCGGGAAUAGGGCUAUGGCAUACAAUCAGACACUUACGCUGCCGGAUGGCAGUGGUGAAGUAUUGGAGAAUAGGCGAGUGAUGGAGAAAGAGUUGCUUCAGUUUGACGAAAAGCCAACAAAUAAACCACUUUUUAUUGAGCCUAUAUGUGACAUGAUAAUCACCCUUUUCAACCUCCAUUGGUUAAAGGGCAGGGCGUUGGUUGUAAUUCUUCAACAGUUUUUUGGAACUGCUGUUGAGAAUAAAGUUUAUGAGGUUGUCCAUACUCAUUUGAAUAAAGGUAGUGUUGACAACUGGUUGAGGAUAUUACGUGAACGGCUUUUCCCUGAUGGAAAAUUUAAAUUGGAACCAGAGGUGAGAACGACACUGCAAAAGCUCCAGACCUACAAUGAUGCAAAACAGCUAUUCGACACAUUUAUGACCGAGACUUGGUCAAGGGUUUUUGGGACUGAAAACACCACCACAGCCGCAUCUACCCUAUUUCUGAUGUUGCAGAUCAAUCAGUUGAAUAAACAUUUAUUGUUUCAAAUCCUUGAUGAAAUUUUGCAGAAAUUAUCAGAUGAGGAGAGGACAUGGGGAGCAUAA